AUCAGAAAACUUCCGUGAAAUCCUUCAAAAUGUGGCCAAACCACACGGAGUCAGUAACAUGCGCAAACUGGGCCACCUGAACAACUUCAUAAAGCUGCUAUGCAGUAUCAACCACCGUGAAGAAAACUUUGGGUUUACAUAUGAAGAAAUCAUCGUUUGUCUGCGACUAGCUCUACUCAAUGAGGCUAAGGAAGUGCGUGCUGCAGGUUUGCGGGCGCUCCGCUACCUCAUCAGAGACACCACGGUGCUGCAGAAGGUCCUCAGACUACAGGUGGACUAUUUGAUAGCAAGAUGCAUUGACAUCCAGCAGAGUAAUGAGGGCGAGAGGACUCAGGCUCUGAGGCUAGUCCGAAAGAUUAUCACUGUCAAUGCAAUGCUGUUCCCCUCCUCUGUUGCAAACUCUUUAAUUGCCGUGGGCACUGAUGGACUUCAGGAGCGAGACCGCAUGGUCCGCGCCGCCAUCGCCAUCGUAUGUGAGCUAGCUCUGAAGAACCCGGAGGUGGUGGCUAAACGUGGCGGUCUCAGCACCAUCCUGAAGAGUGUGAUCGACUGUCAGCUGAGCCGCAUCAACGAAGCACUCAUCACCACCAUCCUCCAUCUACUCAACCACCCACGCACCCGGCAGUAUGUGCGCGUCGAUGUCGAACUGGAGCAAAUCCUCGCACCUUUUACAGAUUUUCACUACCGUCACAACGCAGACACGGCUGAAGGGCAACUCAAGGAGGACAGAGAGGCCCGUUUCUUGUCGAGUAGAAUGGCUAUCGUGGCAGCCUUUCGCUCCUGGUCUGGAAUUAUCAACCUAUGCAAGGCUGGGAAUUCUGGGAUCCAAUCUUUAAUUGGCUUACUUUGCAUACCAAAUAUGGAAGUUAGGAAAGGCUUGUUGGAGGUGUUAUAUGAGAUAUUCAGGCUCCCUGUGCCCAUUAUAACUCAAGACUUCAUGGAAGCUCUUCUUAGUGUUGACCCCGCCCGGUUUCAGGACACCUGGAGACUGUCCGAUGGGUUUCUAGCUGCUGAGGCCAAAGUCAUACUACCCCAUCGGGCCCGCUCUAGACCUGAUCUGAUGGACAACUACCUGGCAUUUGUUCUUUCUGCCUUCAUCUCCAGUGGGCUGUUAGAGGGACUUGUGGAAGUUGUGACCAGCAGCGAUGACCAGCUUGCUGUGAGAGCCACCAUCCUCUUGGGAGAACUUCUACACAUGGCAAACACCAUCCUUCCCCAUUCCCACAGUCACCACCUGCACUGCCUCCCCACCCUCAUCAACAUGGCAGCCUCCUUUGACAUUGCACAGGAAAAACGACUUCGGGCAAGUGCAGCAGUCAACAAUCUCAAGCGCUUCCAUGAAAAGAAGAAGAAAGGUCUGAAACCACACAGUCUUUACCUGGAUCACAUCAUCCGCAAGUCUGUGUCUUCUCAUAACCGCAGAGAGACGCACUCGCGUGUCCACAGAGACAUCUACGCUAUAAAGGACACAGAAGAAGCACUGAUGUUGAACCUGAGAGACAGUCACAUUCUGAACCACAAGCAGAACCUGGAGUGGAACUGGUUGCUGAUCGCCACCAUCCUGAAGUGGCCACAUGUAAACCUCAGGAAUAACAAAGAUGAACAAAUGCACAGGUUUGUGCGGAGGCUGCUGUACUUUUAUAAGCCCAGUAGUAAAUUGUACGCAGGGCUGGCGUUGGAUCACCCAAAAGCCAGACAACUCACUGUGGUUGGCUGUCAGUUUAUCGAGUUCCUCAUGGAAUCGGACGAGGACGGCCAGGGGUACCUGGAGGACCUGGUGAAGGACAUGGUGUCAUGGCUGUCCUCGUCCUCAGGGCUGAAGCCCGAGCGCUGUCUGCAGAGUAACGGCCUGCUCACCACACUCAGCCAACACUACUUCCUCUUCCUGGGGACACUCUCUGCUCACCCACAGGGAGUCAAACUGCUGGAGAAAUGUGGCCUGUUUCAGUGCCUGCUGAAUCUGUGCUCUGUGAAGAACCAGGAUGCUGUGCUGAAACUGGCUAUAUCCACACUGGACUACAGCAGGGACGGUCUGGCCAGAGUGAUCCUCUCCAAGACCCUUACUGCUGCUACUGAUGUGUGCAGGUUGUAUGCCACCAAACACCUCCGUGUGCUGCUACGUGCGAGCGUGGAGUUCUUCAGCAGCUGGGGCAUGGAGCUGCUGGUCACACAGCUCCACGACCACAGCAAGGCUGUGUCCAUGGAGGCUCUGGACAUCCUGGACGAGGCCUGCGAGGACAAGGCCAACCUCCACGCUCUGAUCCAGCUGAAACCAGCUCUGUCCCACCUGGGAGACAAGGGCCUCCUGCUGCUCCUCAGGUUCCUGUCCAUUCCUAAAGGUUUCUCCUACCUCAAUGAGAGGGGGUACGUCAGCAAACAGCUGGACAAAUGGCAGAAGGAAUACAACCUAAAGUACGUGGACCUAAUAGAGGAGCAGCUCAACGAAGCACUUACAACCUACCGCAAACCUGUAGAUGGAGACAACUACGUCAGACGCAGCAACCAAAGGUUACAAAGACCAAAUGUCUAUCUUCCUGUGCACUUGUAUGGUCAGCUGGUCCACGAUAAGACAGGCUGCCAUCUAUUGGAGGCUCAGAGUGUGGUUCCUGACCUCAGCUACACUGUUCGCUCCCCGAUGCUGGACACCUGGGAGGGCAUCAAACAGCUGAAGGCCGCUCUCUGGGCUCUGGGCAACAUUGGCUCUUCAAACUGGGGUCUGAAUCUCCUGCAGGAGGAGAACGUCAUUCCUGACAUCCUCUCGUUGGCUCAGAACUGUGAUGUACUGUCAGUACGAGGAACGUGUGUGUAUGUGCUGGGGGUCAUCUCCAAGACCCGGCAGGGCUGUGAGGUGCUGAAGCAGUACGGCUGGGACGCAGUCAGACACAGCCGCAGGACGCAGUGGCCGGUCACUCCAGAAGAGGUCGACGCACAGCUGACCUCUGAACUCUCCUCAGUCCCGAGCACGCUCAGUCUGAACUCUGAGUCCACCAGCUCGCGCCACAACAGCGAGAGCGAGUCUCAACCAAACAUGUACAUCCUUGACGACGACAAGUGUGAUGUCCUGGACCCCUCAGACGAGCCCUCUUACUUUCUACACUCCAAACCAGCGAAGGACCGCAGCCCCUUCACCAUCCUGGCCUCCACCCGCUUCGUCCGCACUCGCUUCCUCAACUCCCUGUCCCUCCCGAGCAAGAAGCUGCGCUCCACCAGCGACCCCAAGAUCCCCUCAGGCUCUCGUACCCCCACUGAACUCAAGAUGGGCAGCAUGAAGCGGAACAGGACGGUGACGGAGCCUUCUAUCUACAGCCCCAACCAAGACGUCUUCACCCCUGUUUUUAACGGCAGAGGAAUGCCCAAGAGUCCCACGGUCAGCCUGGAGACGUCCUUUGUCGGGACGAGGGGGGGCUCUGAGGAGCAGCUCGUAGAGGGCGGGCUGGCCAGGGUAGGGGGCUCCUCCCUCGGGUUGAGUGGCCUCGCAGGGCAUGGUGCGGGGGAGCAGCCCAGCCGAGAGAGGGAGCAGAGCAGCCGGGAGCGUCUAGCAGGGGACGGCGGCUCCUCGUUGAGUGGAGGAAACGUGGGAGGGGGCGUCGGGGGUACUCAGUUUAAAAGCCGCAGUCAGAGCUUUAACACGGACACCACCACCAGCGGCAUCAGCUCCAUGAGCUCCAGCCCCUCCAGGGAGACCGUGGGAAACCCCGAUAAUCCCGAACCAGAACCUGACUCCUCUGACUGCGUGAGCCUCAACACUGUGGUGUCGGCCAAGACUGUCAAAACGCUCUCCUCCCUCACCCCCCAGGCUGAGACCAACCACAUGUCCACUUCCAAGUCCGCCACCGCCUCUCUGGUACCGCCUGGCUCCUCCCACACUCUCCCCCGCAGAGCCCAGUCCCUCAAGUCUCCUUCCCUAAACACCAUGAAGAACCUGGCCGACUGCAGCUUCAUGUACACCAGCCCGCGGGACGCCCUGGGCUACGCCACGCUGAAGAGGCUGCAGCAGCAGAGGAUCCAGCCGUCUCUGUCUCACAGUGAGGCGCUGGCUUCACCCGCCAAAGACGUGCUGUUCACCGACACCAUCACCAUGAAGACCGGCAGCCUGGACUCCAGGUUAACGCCUCGCAGGUUCCUGAAGGCGCUCAGCUUUGCCUCUCUGGAUAAAGAGGAGCUCCUCAGUCCCAUCAACCAAAGCACUCUGCACCGCUGCUCCUCAGUGCGCUCCAUGGUCUCCAGCGCCACCUACGGGUGCAGCGACGACUACGUGGGCCUGGCUCUGCCCAUGGACAUCAACGACAUGUUCCACAUCAGAGACUCGGCCUACUUUCAGCAGAGGAUCAGCCCCCCGUCGGAGGAGCGCAAAAGCUUCCUCUUUGGAGAUGGAGACGGAGACCGCCCCCCCCUCCCCUCCCUGAAGCAGCAGUUCAGUAUCUCCGAGCUGAUCGUGUGCCGCGGCGACAGCCAGACCCACACGGUGGGUUUGGACGAGACGGGCCUGCAGGAGCACACCGAGGAGAACUGCCUCUACUGCGUGGGGUCCAGCGUGCUCGGAUACCCCACUCGGCCGCCCAUCAACAACACACACCCCCGCACAGAAUUUGUGGAUUUCCAGCCGUGGGGAGCGCAGAGCGGCCAUCGCCUGGAGGUCAUGCCUCAGUCCAAGUUAUCCGGCGUGUCGGGCUGCAGCGACGCCGCCGUGUCCCAGGGGUCCGUCUGCAGCACGCCCAUCCCCGCGGACAUCGUCAUAGGGAAGACUACGAGCAGCAAGUCGAUAUCAGAAGACGGCCCCGCCUCCCGAGUCCUGCUGAGGAAGGAGGUGCUCCGCCUCAUCAUCAACCUCAGCUCCUCUGUAGGGACCAAAGGCCACGAAACAGGACUACUGACGAUAAAGGAGAAGUUCCCCUACGCGUUUGACGACAUCUGCCUGUACUCCGAGGUUUCUAACCUGUUAGCCCACUGCAUGUUCCGCCUGACCUCCAGACGCUUCAUACAGGAACUCUUCCAGGACGUGCAGUUCAUGGCG